UCAAAGUUGAAAUCAAAACCAUAGUAAUUGUGGGCUCUCUCUGCCCCUCUAUCUCUCUACAUAUUUUAUAUUCACAAUCCUCAUUCAAGUAGAAAUCUGUAGAGGAAAAAAAAUAAUUGUAAAGAGAAGGAGAGAGGUGAUCGAUGAUGGCUGGUUUGAUGAGAUCUGAAGUAUCAUUCAGGAGACAAGGAUCUUCAGGAUUAGUUUGGGACGAUAAGAUCUUAUCUGGCGAAUUGAACAAAGUGGCAAAUCAAAAGGAAGAAAGCAAUCAAGUUGAACAAAAGAAGUUCGCCGGAGUAAAGAUAGAGAGAAGCCAAUCUAACGGCGGAGGACGGGGAUACCGAACCGGAAGGGUGUCUCCAGCUAUAGAGCCACCGUCUCCUAAGGUUUCUGCAUGUGGAUUUUGCAGUGCUUUUAGCAAACAAGACAAAACUCGCCGGCGACAACCCAAGUCCGUCAAGCAUAAGAUAUAAUACAUGUCAAAUUUGGUGUUUACCAGCGGCUAAGGUGGAAGUUUCCGUUAUGACUCCAGUUUAGUCUCAAUAAAAAGUGAAGUGCAUGAAAUUUUAAAUCUUGCAGAUGAAAUUUUAUGUCUUUUUUUUUUUUUUAA